AUGCUUUUCAAUGCAUGUGCUCAAUUACGUAAUGAACGUGCAUUAAAAAUUAAGAAUAGUUUUCUUAAUCAAAUGUCAAAACUAUUUAAUAGUACUAAUCAUGUAGUUAAUUCAUUUUUAAAUAUAUUAAUAAAAUUUCGUGAUAUAUCAAGUGCAGAAAAUGUAUUUGUUCAAAUGAAGACCAAAGAGAUUAUUACUUGUGGUAUAAUAAUGCAAGAGGGAAAAGUUGGUUAUGUUGGUAAAGCAUUAAACAUAUUUGAUCAUGUUGAAAAACCUAAUAAAAUGAUUUAUACAGCUAUGAUUAAUUCAUUUGGACUUAAUGGAAUGGGUCAUGAAGCUGUUGAUUUGUAUCGACGAAUGCCUAUUGAUAUUCAUGAUGAAGUUACUUAUAUUUGUAUAUUGAAUGCAUGUUCUCAUUCGGGUCUUAUUGAUGAAGCUCAUUCUAUUUAUAAUAACAUUAAAGUCAAAACAGAAAGAAUUACUACCGCUAUGGUAGAUUGUAUGAGUCGUAUGUUUAUGUUUGAUGAAGCUCAACAAUUAAUUGAUAAUUUUGAAUUAUCUCAUCCACCUGGUUUUGCCAUGUAUAUGGCAUUAUUAUCCAGUGCACGGAAUCAUCGAAAUUUUAUUUUAUCAGAAAAAGUAUUAGAUCGAAUGAAAAAGCUGUUUCCGAAAAACAAACAAGGUCUUAUAGCUGGUUCCGUUCUUCUUUGUAAUACUUAUUCUUCUGUUGGAGAAGACGAACAAGCAAAAGAAGCUCGACUCAAACAAUUACAUCAAAUAGGAAAGAAUAAAAUAGUUGGAAUAACAUGGACUGCACCUAAGGGUGAAGUUGUGCGAUUUAAGACCCACGACAAUAGUCAUCCUCAAUCGAAAGAAAUAUACGUUGAAAUUGCACGUAUGUCUGUUGAACUUAAAGAAAACGGACAUCAAUAUGACUCAAGAUGGAUAACUCGUGAAAUAAAUGAUGAUGAAAGCAUAGAGUCAAUUUUAUGUAGUCAUAGUGAAAAAUUAGCUAUAGCUUUCAAUUUUAUUCAACAGGCAAUACCAAAUGUUAUUCAAGUUACUAGAAAUCUUCGUAUAUGUGGUGAUUGUCAUUCAGCUGUAAAAUUGAUAGCUAAACUUCGUCAACGUCCAAUCAUUAUUCGUGAUACUAAUCGCUUUCAUCAUUUUGAUACAAGUGGACAAUGUUCUUGUCAAGAUCAUUUUUAA